CAGUGUUUUAGCAGCACUUGGGCCUACACAAUUCCCAAAUUAAAUAUGCGCUUAGCAUUCUUAUUAAUAUUAUUACACGGACAGACAUUGAAUUUGUUUGUUGAAUGCAUUCCAUCAACGGAUUGUGGCGAUGUGUCUGACUGUGUUCCGGAGAGUCAAAAUGGUAUAUGUGCACUCGAUCGGCAACUUGUGUGUUUUAAACAUUUUGACUCCUUAUGCCAUCUGAAGUAUGAAGAGUGCCAAAAUCAAAGAGAGUACGAGGUUUAUUUGCAAGCAUACUGCGAAAAUUUUGCCUUUAUGUGUAACACCUAAUUGGAGUUGUGGCAAUCAAGUUUGAAGUUGACUUUCUAGUAAUAGUUCAUAAACGGAAUGGAAGGAUUAUUCUACUGAAAAUAUAAAAUAUAUGUAUAUGAAUAACUAAGAA